AUGGAGCUCAGCAGAGAAUUCCUGGCUGGAUUGGUGGUUGAUCUCCUUGAUGCCGACAAGGUAGACAAUGUCUCUCCCUUCAAGGACUGUUGGUUGACCAUUGGUGCCCUCAAAGCAGUCAUCUGUAAGAGAUACAAUGUAGAAUCAGAGGAUGUGGCUAUGGGGGAAUUGUCAAAGGCAAUGGAGGAGUACAAGACAGGCAAAUUCAAAAUAAUCAGCACGCAAAAGAACAAACCUGUUCACUGCCACAAGCAAUCCACAUGGAAGCAGUACACCACCAAUGAUGGAUUUCUGUCAACAAAGAAGAAGAGAUGGUUGGUUUUCCUCUCUAGAUCCAAGAAAGCUCCUGCUCUUCCAGGAAACAAAGAGAACCAGUUAUGGCAGGACUUACUCUUGAAAUGCCAUGAAAUUGAGUUUAGAUCCAACUUGGACACCGGCGUGGGCUCCAUUGAAAAUGAGUCGGAGAUCUGUCUGGCCAAACAAAAGGUUUGUUGUUGA